AUGUCUACCCCAUCGACACCUGGCGCAAAGCCAGAGAAGACCAUGUCUUCUCGUCUUCUGACGAUGAAGUUCAUGCAACGCGCCGCGGCUGAAAAGUCCACGCCGCAGUCUUCCGGUGAGACUUCCACUACGCCGAUCUCGAAGCGUCAAAGACUUUCGACUGGAUCGGUACAAAGCCCAUCGACCCCUCAAUCGGACAUGGAUGCUGUCGCAGCCGCCCUGGCUGCCGAGGAGGAAAAGCGGAAGGAGGCGCUUGCUCGACAAGCCGCGGAGUCGGGUGAUACGGAAUGGGUCCUGGAUUACGGGUUCGACGCACCUGCACCCCAGCCGUUUAUCGUGGCCGACAGCUCCUUGGAUGCGGAUGAUGACGAUAUGGUCUACGGUGGUCGACAGGCCUAUGGCAACUACAAGCGAAAGAAGAAGAGCGCGGUCGGGGGAGAUGAGGAGGAAUCUGAUGAGGAUGACGACAGCGAAGCUGACCCUAACGAUAUGGACGCCAUGAUUAAGAAAGCAAAGAAGAAAGCUCAAAAGAAGGAAAAGACCAAGCCUCAGCCCGUCAAGCUUUCAGCACUGACGAGUAUUUCCGGAGGACGCCAUGGAGGCGGCGGCGGCGGCGGCGACAAGAAACAGAAGAAGCGCAAGCACAAAUAA